AUGGUGGCAGUGAAAGGAGAUUCAGGGAAAGAAAUACUCAAUACAGCUGCGCAAGACUCCGUGUCUGGUUUUGUUGACGAUGAUCUGAGUCAGUCAGAGGAAUCUGAUUCUGACUAUGAGCUGCCUGAGAGUGCAAGUACGCCGAAUUUAAAGGAAGCUGUAGACCGUAUUAAGCGGUCUGUUAGUUUGUCUUCGCUUCAAAAUAUAUCUUCUGGUCCGCACAGUGAAGUUCGUCGUCAGAUCCAAAAGAAACUUUGGCGGCCACAAGAUGAUGAGGCAAAGAUUCCCACAGACUGGGAACGCCUAAUGAUUCAUGUCAUUCGAGGUGCAAGCCGUGCCUUUACUCUGGCAUAUGGUCUCCGCGGCUCUAUUAAUUUCUUGUUUGUAAUUGUGAAGGCAUUACGCUCACGCAAGCCCAUCAACAAGAGCGAUUUGAAAAUAGCCUUCACCAGUGAAGCCACGAUUCGUUUUGCUUUGUGUUUUGGUAUCUGGGCUUCUAUUUUCAAGUUUACCAACAAUGCCCUUCGAUUGGUAACCCCGCGGCAUAUCAAGCCAAGGAAUGCCAACCGUCGUUCAGCGCAUAAUACGCCCGAGCCCACUAUGCGAAUUGAAAAGGAUGGAAAUCUAACGCUGGCAGCCAGGCAAAAUAAUGAAAGACGUAAGUCUGAAUGGAAGCAUAUUUCUUCUUUGGACCCGCGUUCACGCAAAUGGCACGCCUACUUAGCAGGCGCUGUGUCUUCAAUGGCAUUCGUCGUCAUGAAGCGUGAUUUUGUGCGUUCUUUAGGAACACACCUCUUUGUGCGUGGUCUAGAGGGAACAUGCCGCAUGGCUAACAGAGCGGGAUAUCUUUAUGUGCCAUACGGCUCAGUGUUGGUAUUCGGUCUUGCCAACGUACAAAUUAUACUGUCGUGGCUUGGUGCACCAGAAUACCUGGAGCGGUCAUACAAGGCAUGGAUCGACAAAGCAUCUGGCCUGUCGCCAGAGAUCCUGCGGUCCUACACCCUUUCUCUGACAUUGGGCGGACCGAGUCCAUGGGAUUUGGUACAUUUGAUGGGCGGUGAGAUACCAAAGCCUAUAAGCACGAACCCACUCAAGUUUAGUGAUGUGCCACCGAAUGCUGUUGCCCCCUUGGGUGUUAGCGGUGAGAUGAUUCGCAGAAUUUACCGCUGGUGCGACGAUGGCAACCCGCCCCGUUUCCCAACAUGUGGUUUGCAUCAUAUGUACACAACAAACCACUUCGUUUCGACGGUGCGUAACUACUGGAUCUUGUGGAAGUUUGUUAUUCCAGUAUACCUGACACUGUAUUUCGUGCCUUUGGUAUUUUUGCGUCCGAAGCUACUUUUGAAAACGCCUUUGCUUACAAGUGUGAGGACUUUGCUUGCUGCGACGCGUUCGUCAGCAUUCCUUGCCACGUACGGACUAAUUGUUAAGUCGGCUUUCUGCAUCUUAUACGCCAGUGCAGAUGGUAUUACCCACAGCUGGCUUAAGAACUACGCCGUAAUGCGCCGCCUGUCGAACUUGCUAGUCGACCACCGUAUGAUGGGGCUGGCAGGCUUCCUAUCGUGCUUAUCGCUUUUUGUUGAGCACCGCCGCCGCCGUAAUGAGCUAACGAUGUAUGUGCUACCCAAGGCGCUUGAAUCUUUCUGGAAAUCUGGGCGCGCGCGAGGUAUUUUCCCCCGCGUCCCGAUGGGUGAUUACAUUCUUGCAGCAGCUGGACUCUCAAUGAUCAUGGGUACCUACGCCGAGAAUCCCCAGAAUCUUUCCAAGAUCGUCUCUCUGGUUCUGUACCAGUUCUUGGGCCGUAACUAG